AUGGACGACAUCUAUGUGAGCAGGACCUCCCCAAGGAGUACUGUCAUAUCGACUUAGCCACCAGGAGCUUGGGGUUGAGCUUUCCAAUUGCCUUUAAUUUCAUUGUGAAUGCUGUGAAGAUGAAGUUUUACCUGCUUUUUUUAAGCCUAUUUAUCUGGAUUCAAGAGAAGCAUGUCUUCACUCUUCCAGGAGAUGAAGUUUUGUGGGCUCUCCCACAAACAGACAGACAGGUUGAAGCCCUUCAGGAUUUACUGAACACCACCAAGGUCAUCCUCUGGCAACCUGUUGUGGUUGAAAACAUCAAGAAAGACAAAGAAGUUCAUUUCUACGUCAAGGCAUCCAGCAUAAAUAGCAUAAAAGCUCAGUUAAGGCAACUGACCAUCCAACACAAAGUCUUGAUAGGAGAUGUUCAAGGACUUAUUGAAAUACAGACUAUUAAUGACACAGCCAGUCCACGCAGAUCUUCAUCAUAUUAUCAGAAUUACCACUCAAUGAAAGAAAUAUAUCAUUGGAUGGAAGAAGUAGUGAAAGUUCAUUCUGACCUCCUCAAGAAAAUAUAUAUUGGAUCAUCAUAUGAAAAACGACCGCUUUAUGUUCUGAAGCUUUCUAAAAACCAGGAAAAAUCCAGAAGUGCCAUAUGGAUUGACUGCGGUAUCCACGCCAGGGAGUGGAUCUCUCCUGCUUUUUGCCUAUGGUUCAUAGGCCACGCAAUCCAUGUGCGUGACAGAGAUCAGACCAUGACAACACUUCUGGAGCACUUUGAUUUCUACGUCAUGCCUGUGAUUAAUGUGGAUGGCUACGAGUACACCUGGAGUCACCCCUCUAAUCGGCUGUGGAGAAAGAGCCGCUCAUCGCAUGGUAACAGCAAGUGCAUCGGUACUGACAUGAACAGGAAUUUUGAUGCGCACUGGUGUGGGGAAGGAGCAUCUCCCUAUGAAUGUCAUGAGAUAUACUGUGGACCCUACCCAGAGUCUGAGCCUGAAGUGAAAGCAGUGGCUCGCUUUAUCAGAGAUCAUAAAGACAUCAUUAAAGCCUACAUAACCAUGCACUCUUAUUCCCAGAUGGUAUUGUUCCCAUAUUCUUACACUACGAACAAAAGCAAAGACCAUGAUGAGCUGGAAAGUCUGGCAAAGAAAGCAGUUAAAGCUAUAAAAAAGACAACAAUGAAGACUUACAGACUUGGUGCUGGUGCACGAACAAUUUAUUUAGCUCCUGGAGGUUCAGACGACUGGGCUUACGAUCUUGGCAUAAAAUAUUCUUUUACCAUUGAGCUCCGGGACACAGGAACUUACGGAUUUUUGCUUCCUCCUCAUGAAAUUAAACCAACUUGCUUAGAAGCGCUUUCUGCUGUCAAAGAGAUAACUCAACAUGUUCUUCAAAAUUUGUGA